AUGCCUGGCAAUGACAUCCGCCCACUUGCCUUCGACGGCGGCGGAGUCCAUGGCCUGUCCUCGCUGAUAAUUCUACAAAAUCUCAUGUCUACCAUCGACCCCGACUCCCCACCCAAGCCAUGCGAUUACUUCGAUAUGAUCUGCGGCACCAGCACCGGCGGCCUGAUCGCCAUCAUACUGGGGCGCCCUAGGAUGACGGUUGACGAAUGCAUCACUGCAUACACAUCCUUGUCCGACAAGGUGUUCGAGAAGAAGAGCCACAGGGUCAACGCCAACGGCCAGUUACAGGGCAGAUUCGAUACUGUGGCGCUGGAGCAGGCAGUCAAGCAGAUCCUAGUGGACAACGGCCAUAGCAAAGACGCGCUUCUCAAAGAUCCCUCCAAAGCAGCUUUCGCUAAUCUAUUAUAA